AUGUUGAUUGGAGUGGUUGAUGAGAGGAAGGAGCAUCGGAGAAUCACUGGCGAGAAGAGACACGGCUCCCUGGGGCCUCUCCUCGUCCAAGGGGCGGAAAUUCCGCGAGCUUCCGCCAGUUCUGGUGUCAGACGGCCUCUAUUCAGGAAAAAAAACCGUUUAUUUGAUCUGCGAUCCAGUGAUGCUCUCCUCGUUACUCGAAAAACACUUUUUCCAGGUUUGAUCUUUGGUUUUUGGUUUGAUUGGUUGGUAUAGCCGGAAACUGUAAACUUCGUCGAAGGUUCAAAAGUUGGGUUUCUGCUUCGGAGUAUACGAGGUUAGAAACACUCCAGUGAUUAGUGAAAGGCUAUGAAUAUUUUAGAAGGCGUUGAAAAGACCUAAGAGAGACUCUUCGAAUUGGAGAAGUAUCUCUAAAAAAGUGAAGUUUAGCCCUAGAGCGCGGAAGUCUUUCGUCUUGUGGCUAUUUUUUUGAAACUAAAUACAAAAAAAUAUUCUAAUUUUUUUCUUGGUCUAACGUUUCAUUUUUUUACAGUUUUAUUUUUUUGACAUUUUCCAAAAAGUUUUCUACAGUGCGCUUUCAAAAAAACGUGGCCAUUUUUUUAACAGCAGACUCUAAAAAUAACUUUUUUCAAUAUUUUUUGUAUUUUGUACAUGUUACUUUUUUCGGGUUGAAUCAUCGCGAUUAUUCGCGGCUAUUUUUUACUGCUGUAAUCAACUUUUCUAAUCGGUAUAUUGCAAUUUACUACUCUAAUUUGAUAUUGACUAUGUAUUGAAAAAGAAUCAGUAAUAUGAUCCGUCUUGAAGAUUUUCAUUCUAAAAGGUUAUGAAGUUCAAAAAAAACGAACUUCUCUUUUAGUUUCGUUCCAAGAAGUACGAAUUGUUAUUGAAAGAUACUGUAUGAAAUUAUGUAAAACGAAAAACCUCCCGAUAAUCGAUUAAUCAAUUCCUUGGAGCUUGAUACAAAUCUGAGCUUAAUUUUUUAUCUCGUUUCAAAUUAAUUUCAAAGUUAUAGCCUAUCAGACUUUUCAAGCUUCAUAAGAAAGUUGUUUUAGAACAAAACGACGUCGAAAUCCCGAAUUUCAAAUUGAAAGAACCCAGAUUCCAGAUCUAAUCCCACUAAAACAAAAUGAGUGAAAACAACUAGAAAGCCGCUGCGAAUCACUACAAAAAUGAAUCAAAAAAUUCCAGGAUUUGUACUUAUCUAUUGUCGGGAAUUGUGAAACUGGCGUUGGUCGCCUUGACGACUGGACACGGCUUCCAGGAUCUCACUUUUUUAUGUCACAUUUUCAUGCACUAUUUAAAAACACAUUCUUCUUUUGGUUUUUUUCUCACGUCAUAUCUAUCUUUUCUAUCAUAUUUUUUUUCUUUGAAUGCGAAAAAAGCUCAUUCAAACGUGUUAAUUGAAUUAGCUUUAUCUAGUAGGGGCAGCAAACGUUUUCUCUCUUCUUUCGACUUAAUUGAACUUUUUCUGCCCUAAGUUUUUUGUAAUUAUCUCGUUUGGGAGUGUUAUUAGGGAGUUGAUGUCUGUAAAUAUCUAGGUAGAAACGAAAAUUAGUUUUAAUGGGCAAAAACGAUAUGAUUAAAAAGAAAAGCUAUACUACAUAACCUUGAAAGCGUAUGCUUUAUGGACUUGAAAAACCACAUUUUUUUCGGCCCAAAUAACUGAAAAAAAUUUUUUUGAACUUAAUAUAUAAGGAGAAGUUUAGAACCUUUCAAUUAUAAGUCAGACUUUUUUUAAACUCAUGUAGAUAUUCCAAAAAUAAUUGAGACACUUCUCUAAAUUUUUUUUGCUAUUUUUUUGAUCAAGUUUUGCUCUUGAAAAAAAGUUUGAAUUUUUGGAACCAGUUUUAUUAGAAAAACUUGCUCAAGUUAUCUUUGAUGUACCAAAAAUUAAAAAAUUUUUUUGCAAGAAACUAUGGUUUUCGCGGAUUGAUAACGUCAGGAUCUUCAUCUAAAAAAUUGAUCUAGGAAGUUUCCCAAAUAGGGUUCCUUAACAAGAGAUUAGUCAAUGUGCUCUUUCAGCCCCAAAAAAAUAACCUUUUUGUAGGGCUUUUUUUCCCGAGAUUUUCACCCAUGAAAAAAACUUGGCCAACAUUGCUUGAAAGCCUUUCAAUUAUAAAUAUAUAUAUAUAUAUGGGAGUGCUGUUUUGCUCUUGCUUCUCCCCCAUGCAAAUAGCGCCCCCUGGUGUUAAUUUGCGAAUUGCAUUUCCACUCACCUAUUCGCCUUUCCUCAGAGAGAGAGAGAGAGACAGAAAAAGACCGCAACAUUCUUUUUUUCCUCUUUCUUUUUCUCCAACUUCUUUUUUUCCUGAACUUGAAUAUCCCGAUUCAGUAAUCAGCUUACAUGAUCAGCAUAGGGGCGGAAGAUCAAAAGAACUUUCGAUUUUUCGGUUCUCAGUAGUUCAAGCCUUUUUAUUUUAGUUAUCUUUGUAUGAUCUGAAGGUUCAUUUUUUCAUAUUUUUUCACCAGUUUUGGAAUAAUCUGAUGAUGUGCUCAGGAGCUUCUAUUUAAGCCGAGAACUUUGAAUUUCAAGUUUUUAAGGUCUUUUUGAAUUAUCUUAAAUGACAAUUUAAGAGUUAAAACUGAGUUUUUACAUUUGAUCUGGUUAUGCUUCAGACCUUGAAUUUUUGUUAACUAGACUAAUGAAAUAACUGGAGUUUCCCGUGAAAUAAUGAAGAAAUUGAGAGAUUUUAUUAAAUUUGAUUUUUGAAUAUCAUUUUUUGGCUAGACUUUUUUGAAACUAAAUAUUUGUUUUUUUUUAAAGUUUCAUAAGAAAAUGUUCAUCAUCUCAGACAAGAUUAUAAUAUUUUUCUGUUUUUUCUCCUUCGAGCAUUCAUCAUUCUCCCAGAAAGCCUCCAGAUAGUUGGUGUGAAUUCCUAGCGCGCCACUCUCCUUUCAAGGACAAGCUCUGAACUCUAUCAGUGCAUAUGUACAUGGGAAAAGAAUUCCAGAGGGUCUCACCCUCGCAAUCGAUCCAGACCCUGGACUUUAUCCGUUCCGUCCGUCCGUCACGUCUUAUAAGAGCUUUUCUCAACUUGUCUCUGCCGAUGGAUGGAUGGAUUUGGUCGGUGCCCAAAAACAAUGAGAAGAUAGAGAGAAAGAGAGGAAUUUUUUGGGCGGCUCGGCCAUUUCCUGAUAUUUUUUGAUACCUAGAUAUGUAUGUAGACUUCUUCAUCGACCUGUGGGCUUGAAAGUUAGAAAAGUCCUUUUAUAGCUUCUUUUUGAGUUUGAUACUGAUCUUUACUGUAGGACUUGUUGCAGCCGCACUUUCGGGGGGAAGUUUCAAAAUUGACAAUUUGAGGAAGAGAAAUUCAGCUUUAGAUUUUGAAAUUUGCUCACCUGAAUAGCAUCAACGGGUAAAUUACAAUCGGAAAGAUAUCAGAAUGAAAAAAGAAACUAAAAAGUUCGGGUUGUCGCCAAAAGCCGACCAGCCCUAAAGUAAUCACCACCUUCGAAGCCAAUUUAAAGGAAUCGACUUAACCUCAGUUCACAAAAAGGUAUAUUUCACUCCAAGGGAACUUUUGAGUAGCCUGUCUGAGUUCGAGAAAAACCUGAAAACGUUCAAUUGGUGCUUUGAAUAACUUUUCCGGACCAUCAAGAACCGUAAAUUAACUCCAAGGAAGGUAUUUUUACUUUAAGUUGGUAGUUUCCACAAGAUGACCAAAAUAUUCCUUGGUGUAUUGAAUGAAGAUCCUGAAAGAUUCUUCCUGCAAAGCUUCCUGAUUUUUGAGAACGAAAGGUUCAAAAUGGCCUUUUCUAGUUUUCUUCAAAUCUCAAGGCUCAUUUUUUGGAAACUAGGGAAAUCUUUGAAGAUUCUUCUUUCCCGGACUUGCAUCGGCAUGUCAAAGAGUAUUAUGAUUAAUCAGUAGAAACUUCCUUUACUUCAAAGCUAUGAUACCUUCCUUUUCAUCGCGGGCAUCGCCUCCGAAAACAUGUAUUUUUAGAACAAAAAAAAGCCAAAAAUGGCCAAUAAAAAGGACUCUUUGGGGCUUAGCGCGUGGAAUCUCCUCACUCACUCUCUCUCUUCUCGAGAACCCUUGUUUCAAGUAGGCUGCUUCCUUUUCCUGUUUAUUCGAUAUCUCGUACACAUUUCCCAUAGAAAAAAUUUGGCUCCAUUCGUCGCCCAAAUCGCAUUUUCGUCCGUUUCGUUUCAAAUCCAAUUUUUUGUUUGUCUCGUGUGUUUGUGGUCUCCAACUUUUUAUCCUUCUUUCCUCGUCCUUUUCUCGCUUGCACUUAUAAUAUCUAUCAAGUAAGCCGAGCGAACACAAAGGCUCAUUUUUCUGCACCGAGUCUGCUCCAUUGAUAAAUUAUGCAAAGUGGACUUUUCGCGGCUCUCGGGGCUCUUUCUCUCUCUAGGAAUUCAAUUCAAGGCGUCGUAGACUAUGAAAGAUCAACUUUCAAUCUUCUUCUGUACUUUUUUGAAGGCUUUCCAGUUUUUGGUCUCAUCAACAAAAUUUGUUAAACUUCACAUUGACGCUUUGACAAAAUCUCCAACUUCUCUGCGCCCUAUUUUCUUUAAUCUCAUCGUUGAGAGAUGAGAGGGUACAGGAAGGUCAUAGUUUUCCGAAUAAAGAGCUGUAAGAAACAACCGAUUUCAAGACUUUGGAGUCAUUAAAAUACUCUGAAUGUUUAGAACUUUUUUCGAAAGGUUCCCAUGUUUUUCAUUUUGGGAGUUUAUUUUAUGGGUUCUCAAAGUCGUCGAAUCUGUUCUAAAGUCUUACGGUCAUCAGUUUCCUCUUCUGGUUGAAAACUUCAAAAAUGAAUUUGUUCUCUUCUUCAUGCACACGCAAAGGUUGUGCAGAGGUUGGAAAAAAGUGAAAUUUGAGGCAUUUUUGAGAAUAACUUUCAAGUCAAUAAGAUUUCGUUAUAUUUUAUUUUCUGGUUCUUCAUCAAACUGACGUGUCUUGUGCUUUAUGCGAAAUUUUAGAGCAUAGAGAAACUUUGGAAAAAAAAAUAUUAAAGGCGAUCACGAAAGUUUAUUUUCUACCCUGAUUAUCUUUUUUUCUAAACUUAUUCUUGGAAAAUUUUUUUUGCAAACUUAUUAUUUGCUAUUCCCCAGGUUCAAUAGUUCCAUUACGCGUGAGUCUAAAGCGCUUAUCCCUUUUCGUAUUCCGAAAUAAUCCUGGAGAUUCAUCCAAGAGGCUCGGCUUGUAAUGUUAGCUUUCUAGAUCGAUAAGUAUAUUUUCGCGUCAUUUUUUUCAAUAAAAAAGAAACUGAAAAUAACUCAGCUCACUACAAAAUUUUGGAUCUUUGAUAGACUAAGGAAACAUUUAUGAGCUGAAAAUAAGAAACAUUUUCCCUUUUUUCAAAUUUUCUUCUUUCAAAGAUGAAAUUUCAAACUCUUUAAGUGACCACUUUUCUUGGACUCCUUGAUUAGUUUUUUUAUGGUCUGUUAUAAACGACCACUUCAACCUGUCUCUCAAGUCAGAACUAAAAAUGACCCCUUAAAUAGCCUCUCAGAUUUUUUUUUUCAAAAUUAAUCGAUAUACUUCGGUGGGAGCCAUCUUUAUCAAGACAUUCAAAAAAAAAACCUAUGCAAACAGCAAAAAAAUCUUCCAGCGCAAUUUUCAAGCAAUUCAAAAGGGAGGGCUGUUGCGUGACGCCAAUGAGUGUCGGCGGCGGCACUGAUUCAAGCUUAUUUCCUCUUUUUUUUUCCAAAAAAUCCAUGUACCUCUUCUACAUUACUUUCUGAUGGAUUUCAGUGUCUGAAAGUAGAUAAUGCUUUUUUUCACAUAAAAGUCUUCAAAGCUCUAUUUUUCAAAUUUCGAACGUCUUCGGUGUUUUUCUCACGAAGAAUUGGAAAAGUAGGUCAGGUCAGGUUUUGAAAACUAAUAUAUUCUUGAAGAGAAACUGAAAAAUUUGAACGGGAACGGAAAAAAAUACUUCUUUGGCAAUUCUGAUAAGAAUUUUUAUCCAUAGAGCACAUAUUGCCAGGACCUUUGUGACUCUGUUCAAUCAAUAAUUAAUUUUUUGUUCAAGUCCUAGAUAUAUUUAUCAUCUAGGCGGUGAGCCAGAACUUUUUGAGCCAUUAUCGAGGCGAUUUCUAUCAAUUUAGCCUCUCUGACCUUCUGUCAGAAAUCUUUCCGUGGACUAUUAAUACACGGAGACAUAUACCUUUCUAGUCGGGUUCCGUUCAAGCGAAGCCAAAAAGUAUUGGGCCGUGGAUAACGUCGAGGGCGACCAGUCGACCGCGAAUAAUCCGACCUCGUCUUGCUCAGAACUAAUGAAACAAGUCUCAUUCCUUUCCUUGUCCUCCAGCUUCUUUUAUUUUGUAUUUCGGAAAAAAAAUUGGUCUAACGAUUGUUAUUGUUUCACGGCUGAAAUACUGCUUCUCAGAGAUUUUUUUUAGAAGAUCCUCGAAGGAAAGAUAAUUUUAUUUUGCGGUUGGAAAGUUCUUGAAAACCGGUCACACCGUUUAUUGUUCGACCAGAAGAAGUUCCUGAAACUCUCAACUUGCAAAGCUCCCUAAUUUUCGAGAAACGAGGGCUCAAAGCCCUGAAAUGACCUAGCUUAACGGAAUUUGAGGGUUUUCUCUGACUUUGGCGUGUCCUUUCGCAAAAACUAAGAAUUUUUGCUGCUUGACGCUUUCAAGAUACUUUCUUGGUACAUCAAUUCGUGUUUUGAACGAUUUCAAGAUUUCAUUGUAAAAGAUUUUCUUCGCUUGAUGAUUUUUUUUGCAAUGUUAUCACUUCUCUAUCCGAUUCAGAAAUUCAUUCUAUCAAAUUAUGAGAAAUUUUUCAGGUCGAGGAGCAACGGAGCGGCAUGGAUUACAUCCAGAGCUUCGACAUUCGUCUCAAUAAAGUGAUUUUUUUUCAACUAAAUAUCCGAGGAACUAAUUUGAAUGCAGACUUCAGUUAUAAAUUAUCAAAUUUUUGAAACAUUGAACGCAGUUGAACUUUUACGAGUUUCAGGUCGUGGUGAACAGAUAUUUAUGAACUUCUCGUCAUUUAAAAAAAAAUUAAGCUCGCCGAAAGUUUAUUUUUUUGAAAGCACACACCUUUUUUAUAAGUGAGAAAGCUUUUCUCUUCAAAAUUCUGAGGAAACUUACCUCUGAUAGUUCAAACAGUCCAGCAGAUAUUUGAAAAUAUACCACAGAAAGUAUGCAAUCGAUUCGGAAGAAAAAAGAGCGAUUGCAGGAUGUCUACUACGCCGGCGAGACUAUUGCCGGAAGCGUUUUGCUGGAGAACACGGAAAACAUCAAGAUCAAAGGUAUUCGAGGAAUUGGCCGUGGAGCGCACAAGUUUUGGUUUGAAGGGAUCCGGGUGCUGCUCCGGGGGAAGGUCCACGCGACACUCAAGGUGGUCAAAUCCGGCGAAAGGAGGACCAUGAAGGACGAUCAGUACGUCCUCGACGAGAAGCUUCUCCUUUGGGGCAAAGGUGAUCCGUUUCAAAACGUUUGAUUCUUGAUUUUACGAUAAAGGCGGCCUUAAAAAAAUGGUCUGCCCAUUUUCUGGGAAAACUUCAACUGGCCACUUUAGGUUUUUGACCUUUAAUAGUCGCUAUAGUAGUCAAAUUAGUGACCACUCAAUGGCCUAUACAUUAAUAACCACAUUAGAGGUCUAAGUGGUACUAUCAGACCACUAAAAAUAUCAGAGGCCACUUUAGUAUCCUUUCCAAUCAGUCCUCGAGGAGCUGCGUAAGAGGUCACGAAAGUUUUUGCCCCUAUGUCUCCAUUUAGUCUUUCACAUUUCGUUUCUCCCAACCCUGAUUCAGACAAAAACGAUGAAUCGGAAGGAGUACCAAUACUGGCCCGAGGCGUCCACCAGUUCCCCUUCAACUUCCCACUGCCUCAAUCGACGCUGCCAUGCUCCCUGGAAAGCCGACACGGCACCAUCCGUUACUAUAUUAAGGUAAAACUCUGUGAAUUGAUCAGAACUCUCGCUUUCAUGUAUUUUCAAAUAACUUUUAGAAGGAUCUUGGGAAAAGCCUUAUUCCCGAUUCUUGUCUAUUUGUUUAUGGACUUUGAUCGCUUUGAAAAUUCCUUGCUGAAAAUUUGAAGGAUCGUAUAUUCUGGUCAGAUUUUGAAGUUCAAGCAGCUAACUCCCCAUUUUUUUUUCUGCAACUCUAUUGAAGGAUCAUCGGUAUGACAAAAUAUCGACACGAAAAGGUACUUUACUCUCGGGAGCGUGAUUAGCUGCUUGACAUUUAAAACCUGAACAGACUAUAGACGAGUUUCGUGAAGCUCUCAAGACGAAGAGCUGUUUUCAGAGUUAAAAAAUAGUUUGCACCGUAAACGAUCCUGCUGAAACUUUUGAACAGAGUUAUUUUGAAGUUAUAUAUAAAAUCAAAUUACAGGUGAUAAUCGACAUACCGUAUGCCUCUUCGCCGCAAGGAAUCAAAUAUUUCACGAUCAUCGGCCCUCAUAUCGAUUGUAUGGAGGAGAAAUAUCUGGUGAGCUUCGAAAUUGUUCUUUGUCAUGUCUUUGGUGGAAUUACAGAGCCCUCUGACAGCACAGGACCGAAAAGUGACGUGCUGCUGGUGUUGUCAACGGGGCGCACUUGCGCUGAGGAUCGUUCUUGAGAGGACCGCCUAUCUCUGCGGAGAAAAACAUCAGAGUCCACGCGCAGGUUCAUUUUUUUCGGAAAAAGUCAUUAUUUUUUUAGGUGGUAGAAUAUUAUUUUUUUACUUUUUUUCCUUUUUUUCAUAGAGGGGAGAGGUUUUCGAGAGAUAAAAUUUUUUUACAACUAUAAUUUCAUAAUUUCACAACUAUAACAUCAUUACUGUAGUCAAGAAUUAUUGGAUUAUCGUAGCGCCCCUUUUCAGCUUUGACCUAACUAGUAGAAUAGAAAAAUGAAGAGGCUUAUAAAUCUAAAGUGCCCUAUUUUAUCUUCCAUUGAGAAAUAUCUUUCAGAUCGAAAAUCGACAAUCAAGUUCCCAGAUGCUGGUCCUCCGGCUAGUACAGAACGUGGAAUAUUUCGUGGAGAAAGGCCUUCUCGGAGAGAACAAAUCCAUAUCUUGCUUGGUUUUCGAGCACAAGUUGGUUAAUAUUCCUGAUUCAGAAUAUGACGAACAUUUUCAGGAGCCCUGUGAUCCCGGCGAAUUCGCAGGGAAAGUACGAUUCGACGUUAGAACAGCCGAUCCGAGUUCCGGUCGUGCCACCGACCCUCAUCGGCGUCUGCCGUCUCAUCCAGAUUUAUUAUAUUCUACGGGUUUGUCACUUCUUCGUUCUCCGAAUAAAUGUAAUUCGUCUCACAAACGAAUUGUGAGAAAUCGUGAUAUCACCUGAGGCACUGGGUGACGCAGGGGCUAAAGUUUAACGAUGGUAACGAGAUGCUCGUGCUUACAUCCUCAGAAGAGUUUGACCAAAAGGCGGUUAAACCUUCAAGUGUACCUGAAGCACCUCCGGUGGGACUCAGAUUGAGCGGAAGUGUAUAUAGUCUGUUCAGAAUGUCAUGUCAGAUUUUGAAUGUCAAGUCGUCGCCUAAGCUCCGCCCCUGAAUCAAAUCCAAUCAAAGAGCGAACCAUACACGGAGAGCUUUCAAAAGACGUCAAUGUACUUAACAUUCAAAAUGGGAACAUACUAUGCUGGAGUGAUCACAAUGAGCUUUUUUUUUCGAUACAGCCGAUCCAUUUUGAAGAUAUACUCAUGGACAUUGUAUGGUACACUUCCGAUUCGUUUUUGACUCAUUUAUUCGCGUAUCGUAUGUCAAAAUUACCGCGUUUUUCAAUUUGAACUUUUCACCUUUAUUCGGCAUCAUCAUUCAAUCUUUUUCAAUUCAAUUUGUUUAUUUUUUUCGCAACAUCGGGAUGGUAUGGUGAUGUUGCAGGGAGGGAAAAAGACCACUAGGUGGAUUAACUAACCCCACCUGUGAAGAAAAAGUUUUUUUGUGUAAGAAAAAGAAACAUAGAACCAUAAUAAGUAGAUAUUUAAAAACCAAGUUGAUCAUGGCACAAAUCUGUGAACACUUGAAAGAAUAUGCUCGACGCCAACAUCUUCUGCAUACACUAAAAAAACAUGUCCUUAAAUUUUUUUCUUGUCUUCCUCUGCCAAUAAUUCAUGUUCAAUGUCAUUCCAAACAUUAGUAAUGCGAUGUGAUAAGAAAUUGAAGAAAAACCAGUGAAGGUUUUCGUUUUUUUAUUAAUUUAAAACCAUUUCCUCUGAGCUGACUGGGACGGUCAAAGAUGUUAUGUACCUGGAUGGGAGAGUCUGACCAGCACUUAUUAUGCAAAAACUGAUGUGAUAAUACCAGAUCCUUAACUAAACGCCUAAACCAAAGAGGUUGAAGACCUAAAAGUUUUAACCGUUCAUUAUAUUCCAUUCUUGGGGAAAGGCGCUUCGUGAAACGCCUCUGGACCGAUUCUAAUCGAUCAAUAUCUGACUUUGUCAAUGGACACAUUAGUUCCGAACCAUACUCUAGAAUGGGAAGUACCUUGGCCUUAUAGCAUGUCAAGAAGUUUUGUUUCGAGAAGCUAAAACAGCGGAAUAGGUUGUUUAUAAUACGCAUAGUUUUUUUGACGAUAACUUCAAUAUUAUUAUGCAUUUUGAGGUUAGAUGAAAAAAUAACUCCGAGAUCUUUCACACAAUCCUCGUUAUUCACUGUUGUACCAUUAAGCUCGUAACUCGCAACACUUCGAACUCGUUUCCCAUAACUAACAUGGAGACUUUUAUUUCUCCAUGUUAGUUAUGGGAAAUCUUUCGUGUAAACAGUUCUCCAUGAGAUCAGUUUUUUUAGGCAUGGAGCAAAUUCUCUAUCAUUUUUGUAUACUGACAAGCGGGCGGACUUUUUUAUAUUCCAACACUACGAUCACAUAGAUCUAUCAGAUCGCGCGAGCCGAUCUCACGAACUCUUCGUAGUGAGACUCAUUCCCAGCUGUUCAAAGCUCUUCGGUCGACGAGACUGAUCAUGAGAUCGGUCGGAGUCCUGUCGGACAGGAUCCUGGUGAAAACCAGGAGAUUCAGUUCACCUGGUUCGAACCGAAAUCGGAUCCAACAUGGAACCGAGGUCUGAGGCCCUGUGCUACACAACCCACAGGGACCGCGCUUAAACCAACAGAGACAAAAACCGUAAAUUAAGCGAAAGCGGAUCCGUGAAGGUCCAGGGUCUCACUGACAGUCACUACCCGGACCCGAGCAACAAGAAAUUGUUGAUUCCAAAUAGGACUGGGACAAUUAAAUUUCAUCGAGAUCCGGGUCUGUUUUCAGUCUGGAGCAGAUUCUCUAUCAUUUUUGAACAAGCGAACGAAAUCCAUUCCUAGGAUAAUAAUUCCACAAAACACGUGUUUCUGUUUCUUCGAAGACUCGUAGGUUGUUUCCCGACUUCGAUCCCGGUUGAGCAACUUGAGCAAAUUUCCAAGAACUUCUAAAAAAUGCCAUUUUCAAGUUAUUCAUUGUUUCCUAAACUCGUGAGCACUGUUCUAAUCCUCACGAAACGCCUUUCUAAAUGAAAGUCAAUAAGAGAUUUCGCUAUUCUAACACUGUUCAUUCAGGUUUGUAUGGAGGACGAAAAAGGCAACGAGAGUCUCCACUUAGAUUUCCCUCUUACUGUGGCCACAGUACCCUACCGCAUACCCAACGCUGCUCCGCCGCCUGUAGAUUACGGUACUCUUUCCUUUUUAUACUUUGUAAUUUUUCAACAUUCAGACUUUUGCUCGAAUCACGUUGAAGGAGGCAAAUACGUCUCUCCUGAAUUCCGGCUCGGUCAGGUCUACGACGGCGAAGGCGAAGAGAUCACUAAAGAGGAGGAGGUUCAGAGAGCGAAAUAGAGCACAAUCGUGUCCUUUUUCUUAGAUUGUCUUAUAUCGGCCGGUUUACGCGAAGCUCGGGGAUAGGAAGUUGACGUCACCACAUUGUUCUACCAAAGAUCUUCGGUCCGGAUCGGUCAGGGAUCAAGUUUGCUCGGAAAAAAAAAUAAUCAAAUCUGGAUUUCUGAGGGGAUAAAAAAACGUUGAAAGUUAGUUUCAGAAAAAAGAACUAUUAAAAAUCCUUCGGCACCUUUUAGGCAGAAGAGGUCAGGUAUCGGUCGCUGGAAGUAGAAGAGAAUUAAUAGAGCUUUUCUGGGACUUUUAUUAUUUUUGUUUCCCACCCAUUUUUUACAACGCCAUUCAUUUUCCAACUUUGCGCGUCGGGUCACCCCGGGGCGACGGCUUCAAGUCGCAGCACGAACCGGGGCGCCCUGUCGACAGCUGCAGAAUGCUUUUCUUCCGUAGCGCUUUUCCUUACGAUUUCAAUGCUUUUUUCAAUUUCUCAACAAGGUAAUAGAUAAUAAUAAGAAAGAUUUUUCUUACAGUUCACUCGGAUAGCCGACAGCACGCUGUCGAUGCUGACUGAGUCGAACGGAACGCGGCGGCGGAGCGUCGUUCUUUCAACGUCGUCUCCAGUGCCGACGAGGAACAGUGGCCUGCCUCAGGUCCACGACGGCGAGCAAGACCGACUCGUGCAGGACAUCUGA